AUGGAGCUGUCAUCCUUCGUUGAUCGUCUUCGCAACGGCAAGCCUGCUGGCUUCCCUUCCGAUGCUAAUAACCUCUCCUUUGCCCAGAACCUCGAUAGCCAAGACUCGUUAAGCCACCUGCGGGACGAGUUCAUUCUCCCCACCAGGGCGUCUCUGAGGAAGAAGGCUCUGGACGGAACCAUUCCCGGCAAUCCCUCUAAAACUCAAAAUGGCACAAGCAAUGGGUCAUCCACAAAUGGAGCUUCAUCCAGUGAUGGCUCCGAGCAAGGCAUCUACUUUGUGGGCAACUCGCUGGGUGCCCAGCCCAAAGCUGUCCGCGAGUACAUCAACGCCCAGCUCGAGACAUGGGCCUCCAUCGGCGUCGGUGGCCACUUCACCGACCUGGGGAACUCGCCCUUGACGAAUUGGCAGGACAUGGCCGCCGACUGUGCCAAGAAGUCGGCCGAUAUCGUCGGCAGCUCGCCGUACGAGAUUGUCAUCAUGAACACGCUCACGGCCAACCUUCACUUCAUGAUGGCCAGCUUCUACAAGCCCACCGAGAAGCGCCACAAGAUCAUCCUUGAGUGGCGGCCCUUCCCCAGUGACUACUACGCCAUCGAGAGCCAGAUCACCUGGCACGGCCUGAGCCCGGAGAAGAGCAUGGUCAAGGUCGAGCCAGACAAGAACUUCCUCAUCCCCACCGAGAAGAUCCUCGCCACCAUCGACGAGCACGGCGACGAGACCGCCCUCCUCCUCCUCCCGGGGAUCCAGUACUACUCGGGGCAGUACUUCGACAUCCCCCGCAUCACGGCCCACGCCCACUCCAAGGGCAUUGUGGUCGGCUGGGACCUCGCCCACGCCGCCGGCAACGUCGAGCUGAGGCUGCACGACUGGGACGUCGACUUCGCCUGCUGGUGCACCUACAAGUACAUCAACGCCGGCCCGGGCUCCAUCGCGGGCGCCUUCGUCCACGAGCGCUUCGGCGGCGUCGAGUGGCCCGAGGGCAACUCCGAGGGAGGGCGCCCCUCGUACCGCCCCCGCCUAACGGGCUGGUACGGCGGCGACAAGAGCGUGCGCUUCAACAUGGACAACAGGUUCGUGCCCACGGCCGGCGCGGGCGGGUACCAGGUGUCCAACCCCUCCGCCAUCGACCUGGCCUCGCUGUCCGGCGCGCUGUCCGUGUUCGGCAAGACGACGAUGCGGGACCUGCGCAGCAAGGCGCUCGUGCUCACGGCGUACGCCGAGUACCUGCUCGACGAGAUGAACGCUGAGUCGGGCAAGGAGCUCUUCAAGAUACUCACGCCGCGCGACCCGGCGCAGAGGGGCACGCAGCUGAGCGUGCUGCUGGCAGAGGGCUUGCUGGACAGCGUCAUUGUCGCGCUCGAGGAGAAUGGCGCCGUGUGUGAUAAGCGGAAGCCCGACGUGAUCAGGGUGGCGCCGGUCCCGCUGUACUCGCGGUUCGAGGAUGUCUGGAAGUUCAUGCAGGUCCUGAGAGGCGCGCUCGGGCUGAAAAAGGAGCAAUGA